AUGACGCUCCCCUUCCGGGACAUCAACGUCCAGGCCGCCUCGGACUCGUACAUCUUCACCUCGCCCUCGAGCCCCAAUGCGCCGGCCUUGACAAUCGACCGUCCGACUGGCGAUAUCCGUCUCAGCGAUGCCUCCCUACUCGCCGGCAAGCGUGUUGCCCGCGUAUCCAGCAUCGCCGGUAUUUUGGGUGUCGUCAGGUUGCGCCUAGACAAGUACAUCAUCGUCAUCACCAAGGCGCAACCCGUUGGCCGUCUCAGGGGCCAUAUGGUAUACAAAGUUGUCGCGACCGAAUUCCUUCCCCUCCGCGAACGCCAGAUCCACGACCCCGAUGAGGACAAGUUCCUGAACCUGCUCAAGGGCUUCAUCAAGUCCGGGCCCAUGUACUUUUCCUACUCGCUGGAUAUCACAAACACCAACCAGAGGCAAGCCCAACAUGACCUCUCGACGCCUUUGUGGCAGCGCGCCGACGACCGUUUCUUCUGGAACCGAUUCCUCCAGUCCGACCUGAUUAACUUCCGAACAAAGGGUGGGAGGGGCUCUCCUGCUCCCCAGCCCGGUAUCGACCCCUAUAUCCUUCCCGUCAUCUUCGGCAUGUUCGAGAUUCACCCGACCACCUUUAAGGGCACCCCCAUAACCAUUGCUUUAAUCACCCGUCGAUCCCGACACCGCGCCGGUACCCGUUACUUUUCCCGAGGUAUCGAUGAGGAGGGCCAUGCUUCCAACUACAAUGAGACGGAGCAGAUCGUGGUCUUGAACGACCGUGGUAGUGGCUUGGGUGGCUUCACUGGCAGCGGCGAUAUGCAGAGUGGAAAGCUCGGUGGAAGUGACGGCAAGGAGAUGCAGGUCCUAUCCUACGUGCAGACACGCGGCAGUGUUCCUGUCUACUGGGCCGAAGUCAAUAACCUCAAGUAUACCCCUACAAUCCAGCUCAAGAGCACCGAGGCCGCUUUCCCCGCCGCCAAGGCGCAUUUCGACGAGCAAAUCCGUCUCUAUGGCGACAACUAUUUGGUAAACCUGGUCAACCAGAAGGGCCGCGAGACUCGCGUCAAGCUGGCUUACGAGCAGAUGGUCGAGCGCCUCGUAUCAUCGCCCAAGGAGCGUGUCCAGUCCGACGCAUUAACAGACGAGAAGUUCCACACCAUCGAAACCGGCACCAAGCCCCAGACCGACUUCGACCGCCUUCACUACAUCUACUUCGACUUCCACGCCGAGACCAAGGGUCUCCAGAUGCACCGUGCUCAGCUCCUUAUCGACAGGAUGCACGAGGCCCUGAUUGCCCAGCAAUACUUCCGCGCCGUCGACUCUUCCGCCAGCCAGGUCAACGGCGGCCGUCUCGAAGUCCGCAACCUCCAGACGAGUGUGGUUCGCACCAAUUGCAUGGACUGCCUCGACCGCACCAAUGUCGUGCAGUCUAUGCUCGCGCGCUGGACGCUCGACAGGAUGUUCAUCGAUCUGGGCCUCAUGGCGCGUGGCUCCAACUUCAAGGAGGAGGACCCGGACUUCGAGUUCAUAUUCCGCAACAUGUGGGCCGACAACGCCGACAUUGUGUCCAACAGCUAUGCCGGCACCGGCGCCAUGAAGACGGAUUUGACCAGGACGGGCAAGCGCACCAAGGCCGGCGCACUCGCCGACGCCAACAUUGCCGUGACGAGAUACUGCAAGAACAACUUCUUCGACGGCCCGAGGCAGGACGCCUUUGACCUGUUCCUGGGCGUCUACCAGCCCGGCGCAGCGAACAUCGGUUCCCAGCUGGUCUUUGUCGACCGCAGGCCGGUGCUGAUCCAGGCGAUCCCCUACGUGGCGGCCUUCAGUCUGUUCUUCGUCUUUGUGGGCAUGUGGACGCCCAGGCUGCCCGAUAGUGCCGUGUGGCCGAUGAGGUUAUUCAUCAUUUUCUGGACAGCUGUUGCGGCGUGGUCGCUGACGUUCAUCAUCUCCAACGGCAUGCUUUAUGUCAACUGGCCAAAGCUCGUUCCCCGCCCCUGGGCCUCGGAAGGGUACCACGAGACUAUCUCCAAGGUUGUGCGCAAGGACAAGAUCCUUGGGCCGUUGGUGGCUAAGCAUGAGCGCGGCCUUAGCACGGCGCGGUACAUCAAUGCCGAGGAGGGUAAGAAGAGGAUUGAGUAA